AUGCUUUCAAAAGAUCGUCAUUUAUCGUCUGUUAAUAACAUGACACAAGUAGAACAAUUUCCUUCGACUAAGUCUUCGUCCAUUGAAAUUAAUUCAUCAUUAUCAUCAGCUCUUUCUAUUACCAUGGCAAGAGAGAUCAUCAAAUCUCCAACAUAUUUUCGUGGUGCAAAGGAUGAUGUUAUUGAAUGGUUAGAAAAAUUAGAACAACGAUUCACAAUGGCUAAUUGGCCUGAUGAACUUAAAUUACAAUAUAUAUCAAUUCAUUUACAAGAAGAUGCGUAUCGUUGGUGGAAUCAAUCAUCAGCAAAAAUUACGACUUGGUCACAUUUUGUUGAAGCAAUUAAACAAGCUUUCGGGUCAACCAAAAUGAAAGAAUUAACAUUUGAACAACUGCGAACAUAUAAACAAGCGAUUAAUCAAUCUAUUACACAAUAUUAUGAUAAAGUUAUCGAAUUAUGUAAAAGAGUUGAUACAUCAAUGACUGAUUCUAUGAAAUUACAAUAUUUAAUGGCAGGUGUUAAACAAUCAUUAAAAUUACAUAUUGCAUUAUACGAUCCACAAUCUCCUGAAACAUUUUUAUCUUAUGCUAGGAAACUAGAAGAUACAUUAUCAUUAACCAAUACAGAUUAUGAUUUGAAUCAAUAUGAUAAUCAUCAGAAUACAAGUUAUGAUCGUCAACCAACAACAUCGACAAUUAAUCCUUCACAAGAUAUUGAUAAUCGUCGCACUAAUGUUCAUCAACCACAAUUACAAACUUCUACAUCAGGUCGUAUGAAUAAUUCUCGUAAUAAUAAUGUUUCAUAUUCUAGUUCAUCAAGAAAUACGACGUCAAAAAGAUCAUCAGGUGUUUGUUAUACUUGUGGGACUCCCGGACAUUAUUCACGGGAUUGCGCCCGUUCCCAUUUCCAUUAA